AUGAUACCCUGGGCUAUUCUUCUUUGCACCAUUCCACUCGCUGUAACGGCGGGCCCGGCCAAACCUCUUGGCGUUGCACCUGAACUCGCAUCUAAAUACGUUCCUUCGAAGGCUGGCACUUGGAAAUGUUUGGACGGGUCGAAAGAAAUACCUUGGAAUUUUGUAAACGAUGAUUCUUGCGAUUGUCCAGACGAGAGCGAUGAGCCAGGUACAAGUGCUUGCCCGAAUAGCAAGUUCUAUUGCAACAAUGAGGGUCACACCGGCACUUACAUCCCAAGUUCAAGAGUGAACGAUGGCUUAUGCGAGCCCCAGUGCUGCGAUGGAUCCGACGAACCAGCUGGCCUUUGUCCAAAUCAGUGCAAGGAAGUUGGAGAGGCAUACAGGAAGAAAUACGACGCCGAGAUGAAACUCAGGAAGACGGGUUCAAAAAUCCGUGCAACGUACAUCGUAUUUGCCCACAAGGAGAAGAAGCGUCUUGAAGCUGAGGUCGUAUCCCUUGAGAAGGAGAUUGAGGAGAAGGAGAAGGAGGUUGAACGUCUGCAAGACGUUGCCGACCGUGCAGAAUCCAUCUCACAAGCAGCCCUCGACCACAGGAAGGAGUCACCUCUAUACAAGUCGCUCAUCAAGCACCACAAUGCCCUUAAAUCCCUCCAACGCGAAUACAAGAAGAAGCAAGAGCGCGAGAAAGCCCUUGGCCAGAUCCUUUCCACCCUCCGAACGAGCUACAACCCCAACUACCAGGACAUGGGCGUCCUCGAAGCCGUUCGUGGGUGGGAAGAGCUCGCAGGGCUGCCGCACAUCAACGACGUCGACAAGGGCGACAAGGAGGGCGAAGGCCAGACCGAGGAGGCGAAGGAAGAGGCGAAGGAAGAAGAGAAGCUCGAGGAGGGCAUGCUGACUGCUGAGGAGCUUGAGUCCUCCGUGGAUCCGCUGUUGAACACCGAUUACGUUUCGUUACUUUUGGAGCAUGACGAACACGUCCAAACGCCUAUCGAGGACUCUCUUCUUUUCGAUUUGCAAGGCUACCUUCCAGACUCCGCUAUUCCCGUCUACGAAGAUAUCAAAGACACACUUGUCUCAUGGUUACAGAAGCUUGGUAUCAUUCGCAGUGAUGAUUCAGCAGCAGCCGCCGACUCAACUCGUGCCCGACAGGCAUUCCACGACGCCGAGCGUGCUCUCGGUCAGCUCAAGUCUGACAAGAGCAACAAGGAGAAGGACGCCAACGAGAUCUUCAGUAUUGAAGGAUUCGGCGCGGAGGGCGAGUGGAAGAAGCUUGACGGGACGUGCAUUGAGAAGGAUGAGGGAGAGUACAUCUACGAAGUCUGCUUCUUCCAGGAAGUCAAGCAGAAGCCCAAGAAUGGUGGAAGUACCUUCAGCCUUGGUAAAUUUGACUCAUGGAAUCCCUCGGUCGAGGUCGGCACACCAGGCUUCUACGAGAAGCAAGUAUACAACCGCGGUACGAGAUGUUGGAACGGUCCUGAGCGGAAUACAAAGCUCGUUCUUUCAUGUGGCCUCGACAACGCUAUCCAAACCGUCCUGGAGCUGGAGAAGUGUGAAUACCAGAUCACUGCCACGUCGCCCGCGCUGUGCCUGCCUGUGAACGAGAAAACGAAGGGCUCUAGGGACGAACUGUAA